ACCAUAUUCGGUGCUUAAUUGCUGCAAUCCUCUUUUGAAUUAAAGACAAACUCUCGAUAUUUUGCAGUAUCGUAACAAUUUUGAAGAGGUUUCCUAGGCAAGGCUCUAGGUUAUAUUUAAGUCCCUUUCUUAUGGUUGUCAUUCUUAUCUUUCUAUCAGUCAUUUCAUUGCAUUCUUCUCCUACGGAGUAUUUAUUAAGCAGAUGGGGAAUCUGUUCUGUUGUGUACAAGUUGACCAGUCCACAGUACUGAUUAAGGAGAAAUUUGGCAAGUUUGAUGACGUCCUUGAACCUGGAUGCCAUUGCCUACCAUGGUUCCUCGGACAUCAGAUUGCCGGCCACUUGUCUCUGAGGUUGCAGCAGUUAGAUGUGCGUUGUGAAACCAAAACAAAGGACAAUGUUUUUGUCAAUGUUGUUGCGUCUAUUCAAUAUCGUGCCCUGGCAGAUAAUGCAAGUGAUGCUUUCUACAAACUCAGCAACACAAGGCUCCAAAUUCAGGCAUAUGUAUUUGAUGUGAUUAGGGCAAGUGUUCCCAAGCUAAAUCUGGAUGAUGCUUUUGAACAAAAAAAUGAAAUAGCUAAAGCUGUGGAAGAUGAACUCGAAAAGGCUAUGUCUGCUUAUGGGUAUGAGAUAGUGCAAACACUCAUUGUUGACAUUGAACCAGAUGAGCAUGUGAAGCGGGCAAUGAAUGAAAUUAAUGCUGCUGCAAGACUGAGGGUGGCGGCGAAUGAAAAAGCUGAGGCAGAGAAAAUUUUACAAAUCAAAAGAGCUGAAGGUGAAGCAGAGUCCAAAUAUCUCUCAGGGCUUGGUAUUGCCCGCCAGAGACAAGCAAUUGUAGAUGGAUUGAGAGAUAGUGUGCUGGGGUUCUCUAUCAAUGUUCCAGGGACUACUGCAAAGGAUGUGAUGGACAUGGUCCUGGUCACCCAAUACUUUGACACAAUGAAGGAAAUUGGUGCUGCUUCAAAAUCCUCUGCUGUCUUCAUUCCCCAUGGACCUGGUGCUGUUCGUGAUGUAGCUACCCAGAUCCGUGAUGGACUUCUUCAGGCUGCUUCUCAACAGUAAUUUGCUACUUAUCAAGGCAUAUAUGGCGUUGAUGUUUGGAUAACAGUCAUGCAUUUGUGAUUUCCAUCAAGUUUUCAUGCGUCUGGUUUUGUUAAUUGACAA